CUGUAUGUAUAUGUAUAUAUAUAUAUAUUGUGUAUGUAUAUAUGUAUGUAUAUAUGCCCUUGAACUCAUUCUUUAUAAAUAAGUCAUCAACACACAAAACACACUCUACAAGUCCUCAUCCAAAAUUUCCAAAAAAAAAAUUUCUAACUCUAAAAAUUUCUUGAAUCCUCUCUUAAAGAAAUGGUGUCAAUUCGAUCUGAUGGCGAUUCUGGUGCUCCACCUGAGUGUGACACUGAGGCAGGCCCGAUCUUGAUCUCAAGUUCAAGCUCGAGCCCGAUCCAAAGCCCGGCCCGAAUAUCAUUCUCGACCGAGUUUCUAGACGAGAGCAACUUCAUCUCAAUAUGUCCCGAUCGCGGGCGCAUGGAGACGGAGCCCGUCCGAAAUCCCGACCAAUUCGAAUUCCUAUCGGGAAUUCGGACGGACAUGAUGACCGCCGACGAGUUAUUUCGCGAGGGCAAGUUAUUACCAUUUUGGCAAGUGCAACAUAUCGAGAAGCUCGAUAAGGUUGUCCUAAAGUCGGAGGAGGUCACCAUGCAAAGUGGUAAGGACGAGACGAGGAUCGGAUGGUUCCUCGACGAGGAUCCGUCGCCGAGACCUCCUAAAUGCACCGUUUUAUGGAAAGAAUUAUUGAGGCUUAAGAAACAAAGGGCUAAUUCUACUCUAUCGCCAUCUUCGUCGUCGUCGUCGUCAUCAUCAGGAAGAUCAACGGUUGAGAUUACAUCUUCGGACGAUCAGAAAGAAAUUAGCACCAAGGAUAAGAUUGUAAGAAGAGUUAAGAAAGGUGUCGAAAGAACAAGAUCCGCGAGUAUAAGGAUACGGCCAAUGAUUCAUGUCCCGAUUUGCACACAAGGGAAGAUCAAUGGAUUGCCUCCGUUGUUUUCGUUAAAGAAAUCGUCGGGGAAAUUAGAGAGUAUUUAAUUAAUUAUAUAUAUUCGGUAGAGAAUAAAAUUUUAUUUUUAUUUUUUUUAGUUUAUUUAAUUUUUUUUUCUUUUUUUCUUUGUAAGUUUCUUGUACUUUUGUAUGUGUUGAUUUAUUGCUUUUGAAUCGAUUUUUUUUUUUUUUGGUAUGUUGUGAAUUUAAUAAAAAAUUAUGUUGAUUCA